AUGGCAGUCAUCACUGCCAACAAAGAGGUCAUACUGUCUGCUGGUUCUGUCCAGUCGCCGCAGCUGCUUGAGCUCUCCGGGAUCGGCAAUGCCUCCAUCCUGGCCGCAGCGGGUGUCGAACAGAUGGUAUAUCUACCAAGCGUAGGUGAAAACCUGCAAGACCAUGUCCGCAUUACAACCGCAUAUCAGCUUCAUCCCAACUACACCUCGCCUAAUAUCCUCCGCUUCAACACCACGUACGCCGCACAGCAAUUGCAAGCCUGGACACUAGGCGAGACAAGCUGGUAUGACGAGAUCAGCGUCGGCACGCGAGUGCCGCAGUUCGAAGUCUUGUUCGACGACGGCUAUCUGGGCAUGAAGCGCUACCCGGCCGUCGGCUCAUCGCUAUACGGCAAGCUGUUCUUCUCGUUCAUUGCUAGUAUCCAGCACGCAGCACCCACAUCAACAGCUGAGAUUCUGCCAAAGGAGGACGGCGGUGUGGUGGACCCGGAGCUCAAGGUAUACGGCCUGUCGAAUCUCCGCAUCGUGGACGCCAGUGUUAUUUCACUCAAUCCGUCCGGUCAUAUCCAGACUCCGGUGUGUGGCAUUGCUGAACGGGCGGCUCAGAUGAUCACUGCUCAGUGGUCAUGA